CGGCAGAUCCCCGAGGUUCCCGCAGCCGUCGCAGGACCGGCCAGCGGCGCCAUGGAGGGGAGCCCCAUCCCGGUGCUGACAGUGCCCACGGCACCCUACGAGGACCAGCGACCAACCGGCGGUGGCGGGCUGCGGCGACCCACGGUGCUUUUCGAGGGUCAGCGCAACUACCUGCCCAACUUCAUCCAAAGUGUGCUGUCGUCCAUCGACCUGCGCGACCGCCAGGGUUGUACUAUGGUGGUGGGCAGCGACGGCAGGUACUUCAGCAGGACGGCCACGGAGAUCGUGGUGCAGAUGGCUGCCGCCAACGGGAUUGGACGGCUGAUUAUUGGGCAGAAUGGCAUCUUGUCAACACCUGCAGUCUCCUGCAUUAUCAGGAAGAUCAAGGCAGCUGGUGGAAUCAUCCUCACGGCCAGCCACUGUCCUGGAGGACCAGGGGGAGAGUUUGGAGUGAAGUUUAAUGUUGCUAAUGGAGGUCCUGCGCCAGAUGUUGUCUCGGACAAAAUCUACCAGAUCAGCAAAACAAUUGAGGAAUAUGCCAUAUGUCCUGACCUUCGAAUCGACCUGUCUCGACUAGGAAGACAAGAGUUUGACCUGGAGAACAAGUUCAAACCAUUCAGAGUGGAGAUUGUGGACUCCGUUGACAUCUAUCUCAACCUUCUUCGGACCAUCUUUGACUUUAAUGCCAUCAAGAGUUUGCUGACUGGGCCUAGCCAGCUGAAGAUCCGAGUUGAUGCUAUGCAUGGAGUUAUGGGACCCUAUGUGAGAAAGGUUCUGUGUGAUGAACUGGGGGCCCCGGCCAACUCUGCUAUAAACUGUGUCCCACUGGAAGACUUCGGAGGGCAGCACCCAGACCCAAACCUGACAUAUGCAACCACCCUUCUGGAAGCCAUGAAAGGAGGAGAGUAUGGAUUUGGAGCUGCAUUUGAUGCUGAUGGGGACCGUUAUAUGAUUCUUGGCCAAAAUGGCUUCUUUGUGAGUCCCUCGGACUCCCUUGCUGUCAUCGCCGCCAACCUCUCUUGCAUUCCGUAUUUCCGUCAGAUCGGGGUUCGAGGGUUCGGGAGGAGUAUGCCAACAAGCAUGGCUCUGGACAGAGUGGCUAAAUCAAUGAAGGUCCCUGUAUAUGAGACCCCUGCUGGAUGGAGAUUCUUCUCAAACCUGAUGGACUCCGGACGAUGCUCUCUGUGUGGAGAAGAGAGCUUUGGCACUGGAUCUGAUCACCUCCGAGAGAAAGAUGGCCUCUGGGCUGUCUUAGUCUGGCUGUCCAUUAUCGCUGCCCGGAAGCAGAGUGUGGAGGAAAUUGUUAGGGAUCAUUGGGCCAAAUAUGGCCGCCACUACUACUGCAGGUUUGACUAUGAGGGACUGGAGCCCAAGGCAACAUACUACAUCAUGAGGGACCUGGAGGCCCUGGUUACAGACAAGUCAUUCAUUGGCCAACAGUUUGCUGUGGGGAGCCACAUUUACAGCGUCGCCAAGACAGACAGCUUCGAGUAUGUGGACCCUGUGGAUGGCACUGUGACCAAGAAACAGGGCCUGAGGAUCAUUUUCUCGGAUGCAUCACGGCUCAUAUUCCGGCUCAGUUCCUCCAGUGGUGUGCGGGCCACCAUCAGGCUGUAUGCGGAGAGCUACGAGAGGGAUCCCAGCGGUCACAAUCAGGAACCACAGGCAGUGUUGAGCCCUCUCAUAGCCAUCGCGCUGAAAAUCUCCCAGAUUCACGAGAGAACUGGCAGGAGGGGGCCCACCGUCAUCACCUGAGCACAGGGCAGAAGAGCACCCCGAGAGAUGAGAGAGGAGAGAGAGACGCUUCACCGUGCCUUCUUGCUUCCUGUUUGUGCCUCUUAGGACUUUGGGGAAACAAAAGCUAUUUUGCUGUUGGGGGAGGGGGUGAGAUGAAAUGAGGGUGGGGAGGGAGGGUAAGCACUCCUCUUGGUUUGGUUUGUUCAGUUCCUCCAAAUGCAGCAGGGUCUUUAGCUGUCUGUCAAAGCUUCACUAUUGUUUGGUAUCCGUAUUCACCACAUCCAUGAGCUCCCCCUUUGGAGAGAGAUAGCUGUACUAGGAAACUAUUAAUCAGCCCCCGUGUAUUUCUGGUGUCUUGUGAGAAAAGAUUCAGGGACAGAGAGAGAGAGAGAGAGAGAGAGAGAGAGAGAGAGAGAGAGAGAGAGAGAGAGAGAGAGAGAGAGAGAGACUCUUAUGUUUGAAGGACUUUGGGUAAGCAGAAGACCUCACCAAUGUGGAGGAGGACUCAACUUUGCACUCCUAAUCAGAUCUACCAAGGUGAAAGGGUUGGAACAUCUAGGACGCGCCUCUCCCACCAGCCACCCAAUGGUCCAUUCUCCCCCAGCCUCCCACCAUCUAUACACUGCCUCCCUCACAUCUUCUGGGAGUUUUCUAUGACUCGCAAUGGCACACCCCCAACAAGACAUAUAAAAGGGUGUUUUCUUCUCUUAUUUUGCAUAUAGUAUUAAUUUAGCUACCAAACUGGCUGCAUCUGUCUGAAUGUUGCCAUUUCCUGUGCAGGUGGGGAAGGAUUUUCUGGAAAAGAUUGAACAUGAUGGGAAAAGCUUUCUUGAUUGUAUCAUGGAAGCCAGUACGUGGGUUUGUAUAAAUCCUCCGAGGAAGAGUACCACUGUGCGGUCUGAUCUUGUUCCCAGUGGCUGGAUGAAGGAGACCAGGAGGAGCUGAGAUAAUUAGUGGCAGAGUUGUGGGCCCUAGGAGACAGAGAGGUGGAUUGUCACAACUAGCUUUCUUUGCCUGUGAGGAAAGGGGACCUGGCAGCUCCAGCAGGCACGUGGACUGGGGCAGAGUCCUCAGUCAGACACGGGAUUUGUUUGCUUAUGUUUGGCUUCCUUGGGAACUGCAGGUUCACUCAUCAUGGCUUUUGUGGAGAUGACCUAGUGCCCUUUGGCUGUUAAGCCGGGCACGGUUGCUGCCGUCAAGGUCAGUGCAGCAAGGAAACAUUCCCAGAAAGGUGUUUGUUUCCAUUUUCUCUCUGUGCUUCUGUGGAAAAACUUGCUCGGACAUUUAGUAGUCAAUAAAACUGAACUUCAUUAUUUUAACCUCCAUAAAAGACUGAGUUUCAGCUCCUUGGUGCCCCCUGCCACUUUGCAGUUCCAGGAGUGGUCACCUGCGCUGAUAAAUCAGCCUUGCAGAGCGAAGACUGUGGGUCACUCUAACGAUUUGGGGGUUGGAUUUUUAAAACUAGGACAGAAAAAAAUGAAUGGCUUAAAAUUUGUUUGGGGAAUCAGCAAAAAUUAAAAUGGCAUCUAGUUCUUUCAGUGUUACAGUCUUUAUUUCAGAAAGUAGGAAGAUGGCUUUGAGCUGAAAUUAUGAAAAAACAAUUAUAGAAAAUAGAACAGGAAUGGAAAACGUUUGCCUCGUAGCAGCUGUCAUUCUCACUGUCUCUAGAGUAAAGGUCCCUGAUAACAUCCGUCCAUUCAUCCACUGUGGCCAUUGUCAACGCAAUGUGACAAGUCCUUUGGCAUGUCAGCUCUGGCUGGGUACGCAACUACUUUUGCCUCAAAUUCCUGAACUAAAAUCAUCACUGACUUUUAAGUUCAAGCUGUUCAACUUCAACUGUCUGGUUCCCUUUUUUUUAUGUAUGUGUAGUAGCCCAAUGUCUAGUCACCCAUCAAUUCAUGUGCUCAUUCAUUCGUCCAUCCAUUGAGCAAACACUGGUUGAGUAGCUACUCUAGGCACAUUCUUUUUUCAGAUGUAACAAGAAGAUGGAAGGAGUUACCCCUGCUCUUAGGAACUUACUGUUUGGAAAGAGUUGGCUGUGACCAACACUUACAAGUCACUGGGGAGGCAUCGAUAUUGCCUCCCAUUAGAAGUGCAAGCAUGAGCUGUGGGAACACGUGGAGAAUAGUUGACUCCAGAAUGGACACUGGGAGCAGGGGGCACCUCCUAAAGAAUAGGGUGUCUUGGGAAUUAGUGUUUGUUUAAUUUACCAGAGCUGAAUGGAAGCAGCAAAACAGAAUAGUCAAGGGCUUAUAGAAGAGGCUGACCUUGAGGGCCAGAGGUUGGUGAUGGUUGGAAUUUGUGCAGACAUAGGAUAUAGCAUCAAGUGGAACAAAAUCUCCAUGGCCAUCAUCUUUUCUCAGCUGUGUUAACAAAAAGCAGGUCUCUCCAUGAUUCUAGGACAUGGCCUGGGUCCAAGCCCUCUCAAGCUUAUAUUGCUGGGGUAUUAUUUCUGCUUUAAACCAAGAUUGCAUAUAUGAAUUCUUGCGUUACUCUGACGAGGGUUGAAAGCUAGCAAACCUCACUAUAUGAUACUCCUCUUGUUAAAGAUGGAGGGCCAGAACCAGCCUUUAAGAUCAAAUGACCCGAAGGUCAGUGACAUGACUGGGGUGUAGGUAAAGAUGCGUACUGUGCAUGGCUACUGAACGGCUUGAGUUCAAAGAGAGAUUGACUCCACAAUUGCACAAUUGUCCUCUGGCCUUCCUGUGUGGCCUGGCAUAUGCACCACCCCCACACACUCACACAGAUAAUAUUUUUUUAAUUAAGAGUAAGUGACGAGAUAUACAAGAAUUUUGUGGGAAUCAACAUAGUGAAUCAUACAAGAGGCUAUUUUAUAGUGAGGUAACUAUUAGGGCCCCUCUGGAGAUCUUCUAGAACUCAGGGGUUCCCUUGUUGCAACGUAUGCUCUGCAAGGUGGCAAACCACCACUACACAUACACACACACACACACACCCCACGAAGUAGUUCUUUACCAAAGCAGUGCCUAAUUCAAUUCAUCUAGGGGAUUUGGAGAUAUGUGCGCAUAUAUGCCAGGGAUGCAAUUAAAGGUAUUGAACACCUGGAUGUUCAAUACCCUGCCUGCCAGGUGUUAGCCAUUCCCCCAAAACAAAAGGUUGUUUUGUUUCACCUAAGACUCUUGAACUUCUUCAUCAUGCUUUUAAAAAACAGGAGGGGGUUAGGAAGAUAGUCCAGGUGGUCAGGUGUCUCAGAAACUAAGGUGGAGAACACCUGACAUUGACCCCUGGCUUCCACAUGUAUGUACACACAUACACGGAAGGGUAGCCAUCUUUAGAGAGAGAACAUUAAUCAGAUCUUUCCAGUCCAAAUUGCAGGAUGCGUCCACCAUAUUUUCAGGUCAUGAACGCUUUCAUACAAGAAUCCUUAGAUCCAUAGGCAUCCUUGGUGCAGCCCUGUGCUAGAUUUGGCCACACUAAAUCAUGGCAAGAAUCAUAGUAUCAUGACCUGGGAGUUUUGGUGGUCAGAUCCAUGAGGUAUGACUGAUGCAGAGGAUGACAAAGCAUUUGUGGGAACUGAUAAUGACAGAAAGAUGGCUCCAUGCCCAUGAGUAGUAAAUCAGCAUUUGGCUCAUCAACAGUUACAAACAGUAAGAGCUUAGCGGAGGCAGCAGAGCUUAGCAGAAUGCCUGCUCAACUACUUCAACCAGCUGGAAGCUUUACCCUCAGAAAUAGCCCCUGCAAUAGUCAGCUCACUCUUGUAUGAGUCACCGGGGUUGUCAUGGAGCUUGAGAGACCACAGUGGAGUAACAAAUCCAUGAUUCUCUCUCCUCUUUCCAUUUCUUUCAGCACCUAGCAUGUGCCGUGCCCUGUAGGUGAGGUUGAAUGAUGCUUCACCAAAAACAACAGACUAUGGCAAAAUCUUGAAAGACAAACAGAUGUGUCAGUACAAAAACAAAACAAAUAAAAACCUGUGAGUUUUUGCAUGGAGGGGUCAAGACAGAGCCAGUUCAUCUCAGCUAUGCAAAGAUCCAGCAUCAUGUACUAUAUACUGACCUUGCCACUCUGAUCUUCUAGUUGCUGGUGAUAAUUAUUUAAACUUGUUGAACAACAUGAAACUGUUCACUAGGGGUGGGGAGGCACUAUGAUUCACACUGGGGGUGAGGAAGAAUGGUGAGGGUCCUCUGCCAUGGAGACUUUCCUCUCUCCAUUGUCUCAUAGUCCAAAUGCCCUCCUCAGUAUCCACAGGACCACACACAGCUCCUAACCUAUCAACAUCUCAUUUAUCACACACCUGGGAAAGAAGGAAGAUGCCAGCACUGUUGUCCCUGAUUGCAUCCUGCCAGGGAUAAUAAUAAUGUGCCAUUGGCUACACACAGCAGGACACAUUUGUUUGGUUGCCCGGUGGAUUUUAGUUGCUGAGACUCGAAAAUCAAAGAUUGUUUUUCGUGAUACCUGGGUUCUUGACUCCUGAAUUAGAGUACUUGUGUUAGAAACAUGUCAAGGAUUAUGUUUUAGUGCUGGUUUGUUUUUCUUUUUUUCUUUUUUGUCUCCUCUUUUCUCCCUCCCUCCCUCCCUCCCUCCCUCCCUCCCUCCCUCCCUCCCGCCUCCCUCCCUCCUUUUUCCCUCUCCUUCCCUCCCUCCUUCUCCCCGUCCCUCCCUUCCGAUGCUGAACUGAUUCUCCAGCCUCUACCUCACAAGUGCUUGAAUUACAAGUGUGUCCCACCAUGUCUGAUUUUACUAUUCUUUUUAAAAAGGAAGCACCAGGUUGUUUUCUGAAGCAGGAGCUGGUGUCAGUCGUGUUUGGGUUCGUAGGAAUAGAAACUCAUCUUGAUACUAUGUGGAAAUGCUACUAUGACUUAGGGUAUUCUACUGAUUUCUUUUUCUUAUACAAAAAGUGACCAAAGGAAGGAAGAAGAAAGAAAGAAAAAGAAGGGAGAGAGAGAAGGGAGGGAGGAAGGGAGAGGGGAAAUGAGGAAGGAAGGAGGAAGGAAGGAAAGUCGAAGGUACUGGAGAGGUGGCUCAGGGGUUAGCGUGCUUGCUAUAAAAGCGUGAGGAGCAGCUUAAAUUCUAACCUGUGCCAGGAACCCCAGAAAGAUCCCUGGAAAUUCACUCGCCAGCCAGCCUAUCUGUAACAACAGCCCCGACUACCCCAUGUGUGUUCACACACAUGCGCUUGGGCACAUACACGUGCAUGUACAACAUACACCCACAAAAUAAAUUACAAAAAGACUUAGAAUACAAAAUUUAUUGCCUUGCGGAGACUAACAUAGUGUUUGCAAACCAGAUUUAACACUGGGUUCAUCUGACCCCUGGUGGUAGAAAAACUAUUCUGUGUGCAGAUCUGGGUAAAAGUCCAAUAAUGCUUGUCAUUCCAGCCAGUAGGGAAAAUUGCUUGGUAAAGGGAUGGAAAGAGAUGACAAGAAAGGAAUGACAAACUGUGUUGUCAAUAAAUGGUCACCUUCCUGCUCAACAGUCACCAGUGGUUCCCUCAUUGUCAAGGACUUUGUGAAUUUGGCGAUUCACAGAGGUGUGCUUCGUGGACCAGGGCUUUGCCUUUACAGUUUCUUAUGUGUUAUCUCUGCAUCAGUGGAGGAGUGGAAACCAUGGACACCCAGUCCCACCUUGAUGACACUCUUCUUGAAAGAUGUCAUCAUUCCCUGUGAGUUUCCAAAGGCUCUUCUCCCGUGCCCAUCAUGGUGCCUGUCCUCUGGAGGAUUCAGAAAAACUGCAUUCUGAGGGCCCAUUUCACAGGCAGGAAACAUUCUGGCAUAUUUUAACCAAGAAGCCACCUCAGCGGCUUCUUCAAGGGUGGAUAGGUCAGCAGUGACCUGGAACACUGCUUUCUCCUGGGGUCACUUUUGACAUGGAGCAAGAAAUCGAAGCUGUGUCCCAGAAAGAGAAAAAAAAAAUAGCCCACCUGCUCAAAAUUCUGAGGUAGUAACUCCUCUCGUGUACCUCAGGUUAUUCUCCUUUCUCGAGGCCACUGUUUCAUUGACUACAUUUCCUGAAUGCUCAAAGCCUCGGUUGACACAUCCCUAAAACAGAAAUGGUUGUAGCAUCCACCUCUUAAAGAUGGGGUGGGGGCUAAUAACAUACGUGGGAGGGCUAGCCCACUCACCUCACCUCACUUGAAGGGUGUGUCAUAACUGUUAGAUAUCAGCCUGGACCCAGAUGCCUUACUUGGUAGAGAAAGAACAUGAGGCCGGGGAGAUGGAUAUCCUCAUUCAUGUUUAAAAGCCCCAG